UUGUUUUCAAGUUGAAUGGUAUUGUGCGGCCGUAACGCGCGCGGAUGUCGAUUACCUUUUGGUUUAAAAGAACAAACAAAGCUUGAACCGAAACAGAAAGAAAAUUGUUAACAAAUUGUCGGUUUUGUUUUCUGCUAGUGUGUGCGUUUAGAAAAACCGUUGGAGGCACCAUUAAAGUUUCUUGUUUUUUUUUUAUAAAGUUACAAAGUUUUUUUGUUGUUAUUUUUUUUUGGUUUUCUUGGUUUCUUGUUGGCCAAAUGCGCGCGCGCAACUAAAAAAGCAAACGGCAAAAAUUGUUUAAAAAAAAUCAUUCUUAGGCAUCUUUGACUGCAACAACAAGUACAACAACAACAAUAACAAUAACUACAACUACAACAAAUAACAACCGUUAACUUUCAUUGCAACAUUUUUAUUUGGCUAAGAUAAACUUGGCCAACCCUUGUCGUUUGGCCAUCAUCAUAAACAGGAGGAGGAGCCGCUUAGCGGCGGCAGCGCCGGCAUCCGCAUGGAUCAUGCCGUGAAGGCGACGCGCGGCCGCCCGCUCAAUACGCUGCGCUUCGAGAAUGAUGAACUGGAAUGUCUAUAUCAGCGAUAUACACUCAAAUUGCAACGAUUCUCGGUGCUGGGCGUGGUGGCUCUAGUUGUUGUCCUAUGCGGCGUUAUGGCAGCCCUCUCAUUGGCCUUUAAUAAUGCUGCCACCUUUCAUAACAUCUUCAAUUCUAUUGUCUGUGUGCUAUUUGCCAUUGUGUUGGGUCUAUUGCAAUGCUCUGUUAUCAAGGAUCAUCAUUUACCUACACUAUGCUAUGGCAUACUUCUCUUCACGGCCAGCAUUUGCAUAGUUUCCAUGCCCACUCUAUUGGGCAGUGUAUUUCCCGUGGACACCAAAGAGGUGAUGGCCGAAGGUGUUUGGCAAAUUGUCUUUGUGGUCUUUCUAGCCUAUGCAAUGAUGCCGCUUCAAAUUUGGGAGGCGGUUGCCUUUGGCAUUACCCUGCCAUCGGUACACAUUAGCCUGACGGUCUAUAAGAUAUUCACGGAUGCUCUACAAUAUUUGGAAUAUAAUCAAUUGAUAGCCAAUAUUGUCGUAUUCAUUGGUGUCAAUGUGGCCGGUUUGGUUGUCAACAUCAUGAUGGAGCGGGCCCAACGUCGAGCCUUUCUCGAUACACGAAAUUGUAUUGCCGCACGGCUGGAGAUACAGGAUGAGAAUGAGAAAUUGGAAAGAUUGUUGCUAUCGGUGUUGCCCCAACAUGUGGCCAUGCAGAUGAAAAAUGAUAUACUAUCACCAGUGGCUGGACAAUUUCAUCGCAUCUAUAUACAAAAGCAUGAGAAUGUUAGCAUUCUGUUUGCCGAUAUUGUUGGAUUCACUGUGCUCUCAUCACAAUGUAGUGCCCAGGAGUUGGUUCGUCUGCUGAAUGAGUUAUUCGGACGCUUUGAUCAAUUGGCUCAUGAUAAUCAUUGCCUGCGCAUUAAGAUAUUGGGUGAUUGUUAUUAUUGUGUCUCUGGCUUGCCGGAACCUCGUAAAGAUCAUGCCAAAUGUGCAGUGGAAAUGGGUCUCGAUAUGAUCGAUGCCAUUGCCACUGUUGUGGAGGCCACCGAUGUGAUUCUUAAUAUGCGUGUGGGCAUUCAUACUGGACGUGUGCUUUGCGGUGUUCUCGGCCUACGUAAAUGGCAAUUUGAUGUUUGGUCCAAUGAUGUCACAUUGGCCAAUUAUAUGGAAUCUGGCGGUGAGCCUGGCCGUGUUCAUGUUACCCGUGCCACUCUUGAUUCGCUGUCAGGUGAAUACGAGGUGGAGGCCGGACAUGGUGAUGAGCGUUCCUCAUAUUUGCGUGAUCAUGGCGUUGAUACAUUCUUUAUAGUCCCGCCACCGCAUCGUCGUAAACCACUGAUGCUUAACACUUUGGGUGUCCGCUCGGCCAUUGGCAGUCGUCGCAAAUUGUCAUUUAGAAAUGUAUCGAAUGUGGUUAUGCAAUUAUUGCAUACCAUUAAAUUCUCAGAGCCAGUGCCAUUCUCGAAUAUAGCCACCGGUUCGUUUCCAUCGGCAGCAGCAGCCAAUGCCUUGGUGGGUGGCGGUAUUGUGGGAGCCAGAGGAGGCGCUUCUUCGACAGAUUCAGCGACAGCAGCCACAGCCGUACAUGUGUCCGAGAAGGGUUCGCGUAAGGAUGCGGUAAUACGUCUACAAAAAAUCUUACAUGCUACCCCGCCACCGCACGGCAUCGGCUAUGGCAGCGUCAUCAGCGUUGACAGCGGUCCAGGUGCAGGUGGUGUUGGUAAUAGUCUUGGUCUUGGUGGUGUUACUAAUGGUGGUGCAAAUGGUGGUGCUGGUGGUGGUGGUAGCGGUGGCGGCGGUUCAGGGGGGGGCAGUGUCCAAGUGACCGUAGGCACAAAUCCCAAUUCAGCAGCGAGUACGAUUAGUCGCAUACAUAGGCACAACAAUCACACGACCAAUAAUAAAUCGCAAUCCAAGGUGGCCGAUAAAUUUAAGCGACCCUUCCGCAAACGUCACUCGGUGGCCGCACAUCAUCAACAGCCAACGAAUCGGGUCAAUCGCUUCCUCUCGCAGGCCAUCAAUGCCCGUUCUGUCGACUGUGACAAGUCCGAACAUGUCGAUCGGGUGACAUUACGUUUCCGUCAAAGCGAAAUGGAGCGAGAAUAUCACAAGGACUUUGAUCUGGGCUUCACCACAGCCAUGGGCUGUUCAUUGCUGUUAUUGAUAUUGGGCGCAGCCCUUCAAGUGACAGCUUUGCCCCGCACCCUAAUCCUUUUGCUACUCUUUCUCACUGCCUUCAUUUGGGUCAGUGCCAUAUUGAUGCUUCUGCUGGCUGUACGCUUGAAAUGGAUCAUUUGGGAUAUAUCUGAAAGUUUUACUCUUCGAAUGGCCAUUACGAUAUUUACAAUAAUCUUGAUCUAUUCGGUGGGACAGGUGAAUGUGUUUACUUGUGUUUCCGAUCAUCCGAUCUGCUCGUCAAAUGCCACAGCUAAUGCCCUGUCUAGUCGAACGAUCUAUACCCAUAUAUUUUCAUAUCCAAAUGAUGCACAUCGCAAAUGCUCUCUACCGCAAUAUGUCUCAUUAUCGGCUGCAUUUGCCUUCCUCUCCGUUUCCGUAUUCCUCAGAUUGCCAAUAAUAUUUAAAUCGUUGCUUGUCCUUGGCAUGGGCACCAUCUAUGGCCUGUUCAUUGAGCUGUCACAUCAGAAUAUCUUCGAGUGUUACGACAAUCGCGUUAACGCUUCCAUUCCGCUUCAUUUGAUCUCAUUGGCCCGCAUUGUCAUCUUUAUGAUUGCCAUUUUAGUGCAUGGACGUCUCGUUGAGGGUACAGCUCGUCUGGAUUUUCUAUGGCAAAUGCAAGCCUCACAGGAGAAAAAGGAAAUGGAUGUGCUGCAGGAGUCAAAUAAGCGCAUUCUGCACAAUUUGCUGCCCGCUCAUGUGGCUGCACAUUUUCUUGAUGCGCAAUUCCGCAACAAUAUGGAGCUUUACCAUCAGAGUUAUGCCAAGGUUGGCGUCAUAUUUGCCAGCGUACCGAAUUUCAAUGAAUUCUAUACUGAAAUGGAUGGCUCCGAUCAAGGAUUAGAGUGUCUACGUCUCUUGAAUGAGAUAAUUGCCGAUUUCGAUGAGCUGCUCAAGGAGGAUCGUUUCCGUGGCAUUGAUAAGAUCAAGACUGUGGGUAGCACAUAUAUGGCUGUGGUUGGUUUGAUACCAGAAUACAAAAUCCAACCAAAUGAUCCCAAUUCAGUGCGUCGUCAUAUGACGGCAUUGAUUGAGUAUGUCAAGGCGAUGCGUUUAUCCCUGCAAGAGAUCAAUAGUCACUCUUAUAAUAAUUUUAUGCUACGAGUGGGCAUCAAUAUUGGUCCCGUAGUGGCUGGUGUAAUUGGUGCCCGUAAGCCACAAUAUGAUAUUUGGGGCAAUACGGUCAAUGUGGCCAGUCGCAUGGAUUCAACCGGAGUGCCAGGCUAUUCUCAGGUUACCCAAGAGGUGGUCGAUAGUCUAGUUGGUUCACAUUUUGAAUUUCGUUGUCGUGGCACCAUCAAGGUCAAGGGUAAAGGUGACAUGGUCACCUAUUUCCUUUGCGAUAGUAACAAUAAAUCCUUGAAUGGUGAGGUACGGAAUACGAUGUCGUUGCCGCAAUCGAUGCAUACACCAGAUUAUUAUAUGAAAGCCUCACAAUUUACCGAGAAUCGUGUCAAUACGGAUACGUAUAGCAAAAAGGCCAUAAUGGGCAUGGCUAAUAAUGAGGAGCAUCAACUACUACUGCAGCAUCAUACACAGGUGGCACCGGUGGCCAUGAUCCCAGCACCGACGCCGGCACCGCCUCCACCUGCCCCACAUCAUCUGCAUCAGCAGCAACAGCAGCGUCUAAAUAGUAAACUUCAAAAGCAGCCAUCGAAUUUCAUAGCCAAUGGUGGAUUGCCCAAUAUACGAGAGAAUGGUCACAAUGGCGAACAGCAACAGCAGCAGCAGUCACAUUAUAUGAUGUCCUCCUCCACGGCACCGCCUUCAGUCCAGCACCAACAGCUCCUACUCCAACACCAGCUACAGCUCCAGCAUCAUCAUCAACAACAACAACAAAAUCAGACCCACCAACACCCUUCGGUAAUGUUGCGCGAAUUCAAUAUCAUUGAGAAUCCAAAUUCAAUUGCUGGUCGGCAUCUGUCGCAGCAGCUAAUGGAACAGUUACCGCCAACACAAUUGGCCAUUGGUGGUGGUGCUGGUGGUGACUGUUUCAUGAUGCCGCGACGGGAGCUUCAGCUAAGAAGCUACGCACCGCCGCCGGCAUUGCCCAUUAUAACCCAACACAAUCAAUACCACAACCACAAUCAGCAUGGUAACAUUCAACAGCAGCAGCUACAACAUCAACAACAACAACAGCAGCAGCAGCAGCAACAACAACAACCAUCACAAACAAUACUUCAUAAUCAUCAUCUUCAUACAAAUGCAUCGUCCGCUAGCUUGGGCUAUGGCCAUUGCCGUGAGAGCGAGCCGCUAUUGCAUGCCAGCAGCAUCGCACCGGUAGCCAAGAUCAUGCCCAUGCAGCAUGCAGCACCAAAGUACGAGCCACCACGUUACACCUGUCCCAACUCCAUGUUAUCACUGCAGCAACAACAACAACAACAACAGCAACAACAAUUGGAUCAUCGGCAACAAUAUGCCAUGUAUUCACAACAGCCGCCAUUACCGCAAUUGCCACCAAAACCCUCGACACAACAAGCUCUAACAUCAACGAUCAAUGGACCACAAUCGUCCACCUCGUUGUCUGGAAUACGAACGUAUAUGAAACCUUUACCUAAACUACCACCAGCCGAGCUGGAAGAGAAUCGUGAAAUGUCAUCCACAGAUGAUUUAAGCUCACGUCCACAUUCACCAUCGAUGAGCAGUUCAGAUGAGAGUUACUCGAAGACCACUGAAGGUGAAGGUGAGGGCGAUGUUGAUGAUGGCGAUGAAGAUUCGCCGCGUCGCAUUUUGCAUCGAAAUGGACAUGGACAUGGACAUGGACACGGACACGGGCACGGCAAUGGCUAUCAAAUGCCGCCUGCUGGUCGCAUAAAUCCCCUGCAAUGGCUUUAUCCCUGUGACAUCCAAGUGGAUCCCACCUCACCCAUUGUGGAUAUGAGUCAUUUGCAAGAUUUCGAACUAAGCUCCACCACGGAGAGCCAUGGUCAGAGUCAACAUAAGGGCGAUAGUUGCAAUAGUUUCGAUUAUCAGCAAAAGGCAACUGCAAAUGGCGGUGGCGGAUCAUCGGCAGCGGCGACAGUAGGAACAACGGCAACCGGAAUGGCCAAUAGCACCAAGUCACCGUUCGAGAGGGAAUUGCAAAGACUGCUCAAUGAAUCUUCGCGUGCACGUUGUUUGGCGGCCGCAACAGGUGGCGGAGCUACCACAUCGGAGCACACGACAAGCAACAGUAGCAGCAGUCGCCAGAAUGUAGAGCUAAGCUCCACCAAUGGCCAGGGCAUAGGAAGUGCUGGCAGUCUGAAUGGUAAUCUCAGCGGUGGAAGCAAUUCAAACAGCGGCAACAAUAAUCAUCCGCACCACCAUCAAAAUAAUAAGCAGGAUGAGCAUGAGUUAAUGGUAAUGGCUGUUAGUGGGGUCGGCAAUGGUGGCAAUAAGCUGCCUGUAAGUAAUAGCUUCAUGAUAGCCAAGCAUCCAGUUGGCCUGGAGGCCAUCAAGGAGAUAACGCGCAACAAAAAUCCCUCAGAGUCGAGCCAAAUGCAAACCUCGGACACGGAAUCCUGCGAGAUAUUGCACGAGAAUCGCAGCCAAAUGCAGGCUCUGGCCAUGCUGGAGCAAUCCCAACAGCGCUUGCAUCGCCAACGGCCACGCUCCAAGGAGCUACAACACAGCCAUGAGAGUCUCGAUGGCAGAAUGGAUCAUCAUCAGCAGCAGCAGCAGCAGCAACGUCAUCAGCGUCAUCACCAUCAUCAUCAUCAGAGACAACAGUCGGCGGCAGCGGCGUCGGCGACACGUUAUAAUCAUGUUAACGAGCAGGAUGAACACGAUGAUACCGAAGAUAACCUGGCCGAUGAGGAAUUUGAAGAUGAUGAGGUGGGUCGCCAUGUGCGACAGAAGCGUCUGACGCAACAGCAUCAUAAGAAUAAUGAUAAUACCAAGGAGAAAAAGCAUGGCGAUCAUGAGCAGGCGGAUGAGGACGGGGACGACGACGACGACGAUGACGAUGAGGAGGAAGAGCACGAGGAGGCAGCCGGAGCAGCAGCACCGCUAACCAAUGGCAGUUUGCUGCGUCUAGAGUCGAAUGUGAUAAACGAUGAGCUCAAAUAUGGAGCGGCACAUCACACACAUCAUCACCAGUCUAUGGACUCCAAUCCGCUAGAGAGUCAAUCGGAAUGGUCGGAUGAUGAUGGCCGCGAAGAGGCCACAGGGGGAGCCGAAUCGACGGGCUAUAUAACAGAUGAACCGGGCCUAGAGAAUAUAUCGCUGCUAAAUGAGGCUGGUCUAACCGAUGCUGAAGGCGCACUCUCGGAUGUCAAUUCAUUAUACAAUGCACCCGAUGUGGAUGAUACAUCUGUAUCGAGUCGUGCCAGUUCACGUUUGCUAAGCCUCGAUUCAUUGAGCGGUCUCUAUGAUUGUGAUUUGGACUCAAAGCAUGAGUUGGCCAUUGUGAAUGCCUCGCACAAGAUAACCAGCAAAUUUGGACCACCAGCAUCGCCGGCAGCACAGCAACAGCAGCAACAGCAACAAGCAUCCCCAGCUAAUACGGCCGAGUCGAGAGAUUAAACACGUACUUAAGUGAAUAUAAAUAUAGAUGAAACAAAACAAAAAAGAAACAAGAGACAAAAUCAAGAUGAAAGGAACUCAACACUCAACACGUUGUUACUGCUAAAAUGCAAAUGGUGUCUAUUAAGAAACUAAAAUUAGUCUAGAAACACAGAAACUAUUUAUGGAUAUUCUAUAUACCUAAAUACAAUAUAAUAUAUGUUUGUAA